AUGGACGGAUCAUACACCGUGAACUCGACUCCGGUCCAGAACCAACCUAGCUAUGGAUAUUAUUCAGAUGCCACUUCCCAGCAGGGCUCUUAUGGCAGCCAACCACAGGAUAUGUCGUACUUCGGGCAAAUGCAGUUUCCCGGCCAGCAAUGCGCGGAGACCCAGCAAAUUUACUCAACACAGCCUGUGAUGAACAUGCAUCAGAUGGCUACCACCAAUGCCUUCCGUGGCGCAGCGGGUAUGAAUAUGACUCCCAUUGCUUCGCCGCAACCUUCGCAAAUCAAGCCUGCCAUCUUUGUGCAGCAAGGAUCCCCUGCGUUGAUGCCUAUUGAUACCCGAUUCAUCAAUGGCGAGAUGUACACGUUUCCUUCAACGCCACCUCUGUCCACCUCGGGAAGCUCGGUCAGCAGCCCUCCCUCGGCCAACGGUAGCCUGAACACUCCCGUUCACGAGAGCUUCUUUUGUUUCGACAAGGUCGAAGGUGUUAAGGAAGGAUGUGAGGGUGACGUGCACACCGAGCUUCUGGCCAGUUCAGACUGGUCCCGCUGUGAUUCCCCGCCCAUGACACCUGUGUUCAUCCACCCGCCUUCACUCAACGCCAGCCAGACAUCUGAUCUUCUGUCGGCAACCUCUUGCCCCUCGCUCUCCCCGUCUCCUUCUCCUGUCCCAUCCGAAUUCCUCACUCACUCCCAGGCGUUGACCGUCGGUUCAGUGAGCUCUAUCAACUCCAACUUCUGCGAUCCCCGCCAGCUCACCGUUGAGCCCUCGGUGAAUGUCCACGCUCCUCAAGAUCUUCCUCCUCUGCCCACGUUGACUUGCGAUGAGGAGGCCCCUCGCGCGGUCUUGGGCAGCGCCUCUUUGACCUUGCCCGUGAACGAGAACCCUUCCCCCUCUUUCACUGCUUCCACCGAGGACCCCCUGGGUGUCCUGCCCACCUUUGACAGCUUCUCUGACCUAGACUCCGAUGAUGAACUGAACCGCCUGGUUGAGUUCCACCCGGCUACCAGCGCUGCGUACCUCGGCGGCAAGCGCCAGCGAUUGGGACAGUACAUCAUUGAGGAUGAUGGAUUCUUGAGUGAGCACAGUCUCGAAGACUCUGACGACCACGAUGUGUUCGUGCCCAGCGGCCUCCCCACAUUUGAGUGGACCGAGUCAACUCGGCACCAGAUUGGCGAAACCGAGGAACUCGACCAGCCCGAGACCAAGUCGAAGAAGCGCAGCAGCCGCAAGAGUGCUCGCAAGAACUCUGAUGUGGAGAUGGAAGACGAGCCUGUCAAGCCCAUGGCUGGAGCGCACUCUGAGUGCAGUGGUCCAUCUGUAGGCUCUCCCUGCACUGACUCCGAACCCGCCCCCGUCUCCGUUAACCGUCGCGGCCGCAAGCAGUCGUUGACGGAUGACCCGUCCAAAACCUUUGUCUGCACCCUGUGCUCUCGCCGCUUCCGCCGCCAAGAGCAUCUCAAGCGCCACUACCGCUCUCUGCACACCCAAGACAAACCCUUUGAGUGCAAUGAGUGUGGCAAAAAGUUCUCCCGCAGCGACAACCUCGCCCAACACGCUCGCACUCACGGCGGCGGCUCUGUCGUCAUGGGUGUUUUGGAUCCCUCGGAGGCUGGAAUGUCAUUUGAUGACCAGCGUGACGCCGGUGCCUUGGGGCGAGUCAUGUACGAGGCUGCCCAGUCUACGGAUUCCGAGGACUCCGCUGCCAUGGAUCGUCGGGCUGCUAAGAAGCGCAAGCGUGAUUAA